AUGGCAGCGAGGAAGAGCAUGUGCAUUCUCAUUUUGUUGACAAUAUCAGCUUUGGCAGUCACCGACCUGGUUGAAGGCCAACACCGUCGACUUCUUCAGGUCGGUGAUGCCCCAGAGGAAGAUCAUCAUCAUUUUCAGAUAUCUGAUAUAUUCAAAAGGCUUGACAUCAUGAUCGGUGUAGCUGUCUCUGUUUUCGUUUUCGGCAUCGCCUCCUUCUUCUUAUAUGGCUUCAUUCGCUCCAAAAAGACCCCCCCUGCCUCAUCAUCACCACAGGAAGAAGAGGAUUCCGUCGUGGGAACCCUCAACGAGUAUGAUUAG